AUGAGCCAACUACUGACUCCCAGACAAGCCGGCGAACUUCACAAAGCCAUUAUCGCAUAUUUAUCAUCCAUCAACGUGAAAAGUGUGAAUACAUUACAAGAUGAGCUCUUCAUUGAUGGAACUUUCGAUGUUCCCACUCGGAAGAAGUAUGAGGGACUCUUAGAGCGGAAAUGGACAUCAACAAUGCGCUUAACUAGGCGGCUACAAGAGCUGGAAGCCACAAAUGCAAAGCUAGAGACUCAACUCCAGUCUGCUGUGACUGUCAGGUCUCAUCAGGAUUUUACCAACUGGUUGCCGGAUGCUCAGCCAAGACAUACACUCCAAUCUCACCGAGAAGGUAUUACAUGCAUGGCUUUCCACCCAGUGUAUUCAUCUCUAGCAUCUGGAUCUGAAGACUGUACUAUCAAGAUCUGGGACUGGGAGUGUGGUCAGCUGGAGCGGACGCUUAAGGGCCACAGGCGACCUGUCUUGGGACUAGACUAUGGAGGCCCCAAAGAUCACAUGCGACUUGCAUCUUGCUCGAGUGAUCUCACUAUCAAGUUAUGGGAUCCGAGCAAUGAUUAUGCUAAUGUUCGCACGCUGUGUGGCCAUGACCAUUCUGUUUCCGCUGUGCGGUUUUUGACAACAGAUGGGAACUUGUUGGUUUCUGUUAGUCGGGAUACGUCGAUUCGCAUUUGGGAUACCUUGACUGGGUACUGCGUCAGGACGAUAGACUCUCAGGGUGAGUGGAUACGAGACAUUGCAACGUCGUUGGAUGGACGCUAUGUUGUCUCCGCUGGCAAUGAUCGAGCGGCUACUAUUUGGGAAAUCUCAUCUGGGGAUGCCGUGGCACGAUUAUUGGGCCAUGAGAACAAGAUUGAGUGUUGUGUUGUUGCACCUACUGCAAGUCACGAGUAUCUUGCUGCUCUGGAGCCGAGUAAACCGCAAGAAAGAGGGCUCUUUGUUGCAACUGGAUCGAGGGACAGCACUAUUAAAUUGUGGAAUGAGCGAGGACAGCUUAUAAAAACACUGACAGGACAUGAUACUUGGAUUCGAGGAUUGGCCUUCCAUCCUGGCGGAAAAUAUCUGAUUAGCGUCAGUGAUGAUAGAACCAUUCGAUACUGGGAUCUGUCUCAAGAUGGGCGAUUGACGAAGACGGUCAAAGGGGCUUCUUCGCACUUCUUGAGCUGUAUUCGCUGGGGGCCUAGUUUGAAACAGUCCGGAGGAACUUCACAUAUCCUUGCCAUUGGAAGUGCAGACUCUAGUGUGCGACUUUGGAUGUAA